AUGUCCUCCAAGGGUGUUGUUCUUGUAACUGGCGCAGCUCGUGGCAUCGGUCGAGCUAUCUCUCAUCGCUUGGCUAACGAUGGAUAUGAUGUUGCUGUCAAUGAUUUGGAGUCCAAUCUCUCUGCCCUCCAAUCUUUAACCAAGGAGAUCCAGGCCAAGGGCCGAAGGUCUAUCAGUGUCGUGGGGAAUGUUGCUGUAGAACAACAGGUCAAGGAUAUGGUGUCAAAGGUGGUCAGUGAGCUUGGUAGCCUUGACGUUAUGGUUGCCAACGCAGGAAUUGCUCGAACGAAACUGCUACUUGAAACGACCACCGAGGACCUUGACCAACUUUAUGAUGUCAACAUUAAGGGAGUCUUUCUCUGCUACAAACACGCUGCUGCACAGAUGAUUGCCCAAGGUCGUGGCGGAAAAAUCAUUGGUGCUUCCUCCCUCUGCGGAAAAAGACCGUUUGCUCGCCUUGGCGCAUAUGUUGCGACAAAGUUCGCAGUGCGGGGGCUGACUCAAAAUGCUGCUGUCGAGUUCGGGAAACACAAUAUCACUGUCAACGCGUAUGCUCCUGGGUUCAUCGAUACCGACAUGCUGCAGACUAUAGAACGGGAAACCGUCAGUCAGGGUCUUCCUGAGGGACAAUUCUCCCAAAGUGGCUUGAGUAACAUGUCCAUUUCCCGGAUCGGCAAGCCGGAGGACAUCUCAAACUUGGUAUCCUUCCUUGUCUCCGAAGAUGCAAAUUAUAUUACGGGUCAGACCGUCAGCGUCGAUGGCGGAUGGCACUUCGACUGA